AUGACUCAGAAUCACGAGCAGUUCACUGCUGUGUGGCUUGACUCUAAAUAUGCUGAUUGCGAUCAAACAUCUUGUGACCGACGAGCUCAACUGAGCCCAAUCAUCAAUUAUAAUGUGAAAUUUAGUGAUGCGGAUGAAUGCCUUGAUUAUAUCAAAACUAUUCAAACUGAAAGCAUAGUUUUUAUUACAUGCGGUUCUCAAGGACAAAAACUGGUGCCAAAUAUUUAUCAUUUUCCACAGUUGUUGUAUAUUUAUAUAUAUUGCUUCAAUAAAGUCGAACAUGAAGAAUGGGCUUUGAAUAAAAAUUAUGCAUCGAAAAUUCGUGGUGUAUUUACUGAUAUUGAUCUACUUCUAGCUAAAAUUAAUGAUGAUGUUAAAUUAUCUCUAAAAAACAUUUUACCAUUGAAUAUUUUUCACAAGUAUGACGAUUUAAAUUUGAAAGAAAUGAGUAUGAAGGAUUUAAAUAAACAAAGUGCACAAUUCAUGUGGUUUCAAUUAUUGAUUGAUACUUUACUUCAUGGCGAUUAUUCUGACACGGCCAAAGAUGAUAUGUUUUAUGAGUGUGUAGCGCAAUAUGAUGGUAACGAAAUUGAACUAAAAAGAAUUUUAGAUUUUUAUAAAACAUACAUUGCCGAGCAGGCGAUAUCGUGGUACACACGAAACUCAUUUUUAUAUCGUUUACUGAACAAAGCAUUUCGAAUACAAAAUAUAAAUAUAAUAUACAAAUUCCGAUAUUUUAUCAAACAUUUAUACAAUCAAUUGCGAGAUGUUCAGUUGCAGCAAAGCAAAGAUCUUUCGUCAAUUACGGUGUAUCGUGGACAAUUGAUGCAUCAUGACGAAUUUGACAAUUUUAAAGAAAAUGUCGGUGAAUUAAUUUCGAUCAACACAUUUUUUUCUACAACAUUACAAAGUCAAGUUGCCUUGAAUUUUACUGGCAAUGGUUUCGGACGGCCAGAUUAUGAAUCCGUUUUGUUCGAAAUCCAUGUUGACUGUUGUUCACUAUCGGCAAAACCGUUUGGAAAUGUACAGCAUUUAAGUUUCAUAAAGGAUGAAUAUGAAAUGUUAUUUUGUGUGGGAACUAUAUUUCGAAUCAAAUCUGUUGAAGAUAAUGAACCUAUUUGGCAUGUCGUGUUAGAGCUGAGUAAUGAUGAAAAUAUCGAAUUAAAGGGACUUGUUGAACAUUUUAGUAAAUAUGUCGUCGAAACAAAGCCAACUCUAUUGGCUCUAGCUGAUGUGCUAACUGAAAUGGGCGAGUAUGAAAAAGCUAGACAUUUUUCUGAAUUAUUUCUUAGCGACUUAGAACCACUUACUCAAAAUCAACUUGCUGGCGUCAUUCAAAGCAAUAUUGGCCUUCUCGAUNAUCGCAUUAACAUACAAUAA